GCGGAGAGGAGGAGGACGGAGCGGUGUGACAGGAUGUGGUUUCCCUCAGCCUGCUCAGCACUGGCAGCACAGGCAUAGUUUGAGCAUGACCUAAACACACCGCGCGUGCAACGUUGUGUCUGAGCUCCUCGAGGUGGUGGAAGGGGGACGAGCCGAGCCGAGCCGAACCGAACCGAAGGAGGCGGAGGAGCCGCCGCGCGCUGCCCGGAGGGUCUCGAGCUGUCAUCUGCUGCCCGGAUCUCAACUCCAUCUCUCGGCGCUCCGCGAGGAGAAUGUGAUUCUCCUGCCGAGUCCCCAACUCUCAACUUCACCACCAGAUUGUCAAGCAGAGUCUGAGCGUCUGACGGGCGGCGGAGACGGCGGAGUCAUGGGCUGCGGGCUGCGGAAAAUGAAGCCGGUCUCCGAGGAGAACAGUCCGGGAAAGAUCUACUCCACCCUGAAGAGGCCGCAGGUGGAGACCAAAGUGGGCGUGGCCUACACAUACCGCUACCUGGACUUCCUGAUCGGGAAAGACGGCGGGACGUCCACGCUGCGCCUGUCGUCGGUGCGAGAGCUGCCCGGUCAGCUGCAGGAGCUCUACCAGCAGGGCUUCAUCCUGGCGGCCGUUCACCCCUUCAUCCACCCCUGCGGCCCGGAGUCCAACAGCCCGCAGCACCAGCUGUACCGGGCCAUCCUGGUGCGGCUCAGCGACGGGCUGGAGAGGAGCCAGCCGGUCUGCCCGUCGUUCAAACUGCAGCUGGAAGAGUGUCUGUCGGCCGAGCAGGUGCCCACCCCGGAGCUCAUCCAGGGCUACGUCAAGAAGCAGAUCCAGGACGCGGCGGACCAGGGCGUGACCUUCGUGGGCUUCGUGCAGGAGCCGUACGGGGCCCCCUGCACCCGGAUCCGGGAGCCCGACACCCCCUCGCUGUCCCUGCACUCCAGCCCCAGCUCGGUGCUGGGCUCGCUGGGCAGCUGCAGCCCCUCCGACCCCUCCAGCCCGCAGAACCAGGCGGAUCCCCCGCCCCAGCCCGAGGGGGCCGGGGGGGAGGCGGAGGACGGGCAGGACCGCGCCUCGCCUGCCGCCUCGCCUGCCGCCUCGCCGGUGUCGGAGGCAGACCCGGAGGACGACUCCAGCCGCCACAACAACAAGGACUGUGAUCCGGAGACCAACCAGAGGCCCAGAUUCAGGCAGCGCAGGGGCGAUGGAGUGGAGCUGCUGGCGCUCUACAACCACCCCGCCGUCCGGGAGGGCCAGGUCAAGUACUACACCGUCAAGGUGCCUCUGCGGGUCCAGAACUGCGACGAGGGGGUCAAAGGGGUGGAGGCCAACUGGCUGGACCACAUGACCCAGCACUUCAACAACGGAGCCUCGCUGGUCGACGGAUACUUCCACCUGGGAAACGUCAACGAUUUGCUGCCUAAGUCGGUGGAAAGCGUCUUCAUCUUCCAGGAGGCGAGCGAGGGCGAGCCCACCGCGGCCGCCCCGACGUACGACGCCAUCGUGGUGGAGCAGUGGACCAUCAUCGACGGUUUGCAGGUGAAGGCUGAUUACAUUCCCCUGCUGCAGUCUCUGGCCACGUACGGAUGGAGACUCACUUGUGUGCUGCCGACUCCCGUAAUCAAGACCAACAGCGAUGGAAGCCUGUCCACCAAGCAGAUCGUGUUCCUGCAGAGACCCGUCUUGGGCCGAAAGCGAAGGGAGUCUAAGAAAUUAAUCUUCAAACCUCGAGGCAAGUCCAACAAGAACUGCAUCAAAGACACGGCCAAGAACAAGAAAAAGAAGAAAACGAAGGAAGCAGAAGAGCCCAAGAAUCAUGAGGACAGGGAAAAGGUGGAGAAGGAAGAGGACAGGUGCAGCGAUGAGAGGGUGAAUACAGCGGAGGCGGCGAGCGAAGCGCUGAAAGAAAGCGAGGAGACGUGUGAGGAGGACGCAAAGAUCGACGACGGGAUCGAGAUCAGCAUGGAGGCCGUCGUCAGGAAGGGAGCAGAGACAAAAGACGAAAUCACAGAAAACGGCGAAGGAACGGAGGCGGAGAAGGACGGAUCAGAAGAGAACGGCGAGCCUUUAGAGAACGGCGAGGUGAAGGAAGAGUCGACUGAAAGUCAGAGUGAGACCAAAGAAAACAAGGACGAGGGCACAGAAGAAGUUCAGGCCGUGAUAGAGAACGGGGUGGAGUCAGACGAGACGGAAGAACCGCCGGACGUGGAGGUCGCUGCAGAGUAGCUCCGACCACUUCGAGUGAAGCCCGUUCCCCACCCUACCUCUCAAAACACCCGUAUGAAGAACUGGCUCAUCAUGACGUCCCUCAUCCAAACUAACAGGGCUCCAUCGCUGCAGCAUCCUUCAGAUCCACCGUCGUUCAUGGAUGAUUUCCUCCAAACCCGCCGCAGUGCAGCUACUGUAGCUUCGUCUGACUGCAGGCGUCCGUCCCUCUCCUUUCCCCACACAUGCUGAAUGUAUAUAUAUCCGAUACAGGAGAUGCAGGGCCGGGACACUCGAUGUGGAGCCACUAACAUGAUUGAGUGAGGAUUAACAGGCGGAUGAGACUCCAGAAUGAUGCUAUAAUCCAGCAGGAUUCAGACCGAAGCUAAUGUUCAAAGGCCCGGUCACCACAGCAACUGAAGAUUCGAGCAGAAAAAUCAGUCAAAUUAACUGGAAGUUUUGCAAUUGAGCUUUUUCUGCCCAAAAUGAUCUCGACAGAGCCCCAGAGAGAUCAUCACCAAAUAGCUGCGCUGCAAAAUUUAGCUUAAAAAGCCUUUUGAACAUGCUAUACUCACAUCCUGUUAAAAGUCUAGCUAUAUCUAUCUCGAUUAGUUUGCUUUGGAAAAAAUGCAAGAAAACGUCGAUGGACAGAAAAGAUAGUGAAGUGAUAUUGCAACUUAAAGCUAAUGCUCAUGCUAAUUAGCAUUGUAAUAAUAGUUGUAUUUGAGACUGCUAACUAUAUAUGACGUAAAUAUCGCAUCCGGUAUUCAGUGAACUUUCUGUGGUCGUGUGACAUCGUUCAGUAUGCUAGGUGAAGGUUAGCCAAGUUAGCCAAGGCAGAGGCUAGCACAGCUAACAAUAGCUUAAUAAAUGCUAUUUUCCAUCAGUGACCGAUAGCUUGAAAUGUAUUGGAAAACUUAUUUUGUCUGUCUGGUGAUUGGAAGACACUACAUUCACCAGGUUUAAAUGUAAAAUUUUCCUUAUCUCAGCAGAUCCACUUUCGACAUCAGUUUGUGGCAUAAAUUGUGAGUUCCAAAUAAACCUAAAAAAAAUGGAAAAAGUUAGUGCGAAACAUAGUCGAUAAAUACAUUUUUUUGUGACUUAACUAGAGCUACUGUUAUAAUACGACAAUAGCAUGGCUAACUCUCAAUGUUUGUAAAGGAGUAGUUCAGAUGUGUUUUAAAUGAAAUGCUCUCAAGUUAAAAGGCAUCUAAGAGAUAGUAGCAUUUACAUGAUUAUGAAUGAACAAUAUUUUGUUUGUAUACAAUCAAUUAACCUUGAAAAAAAUCUCAACUAGCAAAUUUUAUUGUGGAAAACUGAAGGUUAAUUGAAACAGAGUGACAUGUGGGCGUUUCCUUCAUGCUACUUAUUGAUCAAAUCAGUUCAAUAAAUCAGCGACUCACCUCCAAAGAUAUUUAUUAUGUGGUUUACUGGAGUGACCGGGCCUUGAGGGUGGAAAGGAGCGAAUCACUAGCUAGCCAGCUAGCUAAUCAGCCAGAUGUGCAAAGUCUGAACCGACAAUAGAGCUGGAUGAAAACUUUCUGAGAUGUCACAGGAGUUCCCUUCCUCUCACUGUUUGAGCAGACGAAGCAGACCGAGGCUCGCCUUGUCGGCUCCUAACAAAAGCUCAAAGUCGGGUUAGAGUUCUGUGGAAUGCGACACCACGUCCGUCCGGCACGUCUUCGAGGUCGGAGUGUGGAGCUGACUCGUCGCGGGGGUGGAGAGAGAGCAGUUAGAGGUGACUGGAAAGGCAUUUGUUGCGACAGGCAAUCCAAAGUAGGCUGAAGAGAUAAUUGUUUACGCUGAGCUCUAAGCCAUCAAGUGCUUCAAAGAGAGCCGAUAAUCACUCUUUGGCGCGGUGUGCAGAGCUCACCUUGCAUACAGAAUGUUCCAUAUUCAGAGCCGAGUUAGAUAAGGAUGUGUAAUUGAGCCGAAUGUUUGCACCUUGAAGACAGAAGUCAAAUCACCGUGUUAGCCGGUCAGCGUUUACAUACAGGAGCGGGGGUUUCACAGCAUAGUUACAUUCCUUUUUUAAUUUUUUUCUUUUCAAUUACAUUCCAGUCAAACGUUGAAAGACAAAAAGCACUGAUGAGGGCGAAGCCGUGUGGUCAGGAGGAAGCCAGAGCUGAGAAGUGGAGACAAAGAAAGAGGUUGAGUGUUAGACCACGUAUGAGAGAGAGAGAGAGUCAAAUAAAAGAAAUGAAUAGGCUCAUUUAAAGUAACAGCCGCUUGUGUCCCACAUUCCCCGGUGAGAUUUCCCUCAUUACUUUACCUCCAGCUCUUUAAGCACCUCUCACCAGACAUCAUUUCUGACAAUAACCGAGUCGUAAUGUGUUUGUUUCGCGGCAUCGUGUAGCUUUUUUCCAUUUCCAAAGGUGGACCGUGACGGAGGGAGGUGGGGGCGGAGGGGAGGGGGCGCCGGCGUUCGCGGUGCCGAGCUCUCAUCAGCUCCGCUAAUGGACUUUGUCAGCGGGGGGGUUUCUGUCAGUAAUCAUGCAUUUGUAAUGGUGGUCACUUAUUGAGGCGAGGUAUUGAUAGCGAAACACCCUCAACGGCCCGACGCUGAUGGCACAGCAACAAAUUGCACUGAGGAUGAAAAGUUUGUCUUGAAUGUGGUCAAUUUUGCAAUUUAAAAAAAAAACAUUAAAAAAAAUCAUGAAAACAAGUCUUUGUUUACCGUAUUGGUUGAAAUAUAAGACAACGAUCGUUUGGAAAAAUGUCUUAUGAAAGAUGUCCUCAAAUUAAAGACAUUGAAAACAUGUUUAAGUACUGAUAAUUCCCAUCACAGAUGUUGUUUAGGACGAAUUCGACGAAUUCUUCCUCCUGCAGUCUGCAAAUGUCUUUAAUCUUUAAUGUGUGCUUUGAAGAAAAGUGUAAGUUAUCAAAUUUGAAGCCCAAUUUUCUCAGAUCCUGAAUGUAAGAGUGCUACAAUGAAUGCUGAUGCAAAUAGGUGUCAGUGGCAAUGCAAAAUAAAUGUAAAAAAAAAAAUUAAAAUUGCAGCGCUGUGAAAUUUUACGAGAAACAGUCUUAUAAUGGUCAGCAAAAAAAAGUCGUGGUGGGC